AUGAAGAUUGUUGCCUCGACCAGAUUGAACAAGGCCCAAAGAGCCAUGGCUGCCUCGAGAGUGUUCAACGAGUCUGACGCUGAGUUCAACGCCAACGCCGAACCGGAAACCAAGGACGAAGGCAAGACGUUGUUGAUCGCCGUGUCGUCGGACAAGGGGUUGUGUGGCUCCAUCCACACCCAAAUCGCCAAGUACACCAGAAGAAGACUCGGCGAAUUGAACGGCAACGCCGAUGUUGUCGCCGUCGGUGACAAGGUCAAGGCGCAAUUGUUGAGAACCCACGCCGACCACAUCAAGUUGGCCUUCUCCGGCGUCGGUAAGGAAGAACCCAACUUCGCCGAAGUGUCGGCCAUCGCCGACGAAAUCGCCCAGUUGGGUGAAUACGAAAACGUCGAAAUCUUGUACAACAAGUUCGUGUCGGGUGUGUCGUUUGAACCGUCGAAGUUCGGUGUGUUCAACGCCGAAGCCAUUGAAAAGGCCCCCGGUAUCUCCAAGUACGAAUUUGAAGGCGAAGACGUCGCCGCCAACUUGGCCGACUUCGGCCUUGCCAACUCGUUGUUGACCGCCAUGGCCGAAGGUUACGCCUCGGAAGUUUCUGCCAGAAGAAACGCCAUGGACAACGCCUCCAAGAAUGCCGGUGACAUGAUCAACUCCUACACCAUUUUGUUCAACAGACAGAGACAAGCCGUCAUUACCAACGAAUUGGUCGACAUCAUCACUGGUGCCUCGUCGUUGGACUAA